AAAGCCAGAUCUGGGGCCCGUGAAUUUUCAUGGGACAACCUUUCCACAGCAGAACGAAACAUCUUGAACACUCUUUGAGUAGCGUAGCCCUUGACCCACUCCUUCUCACCUUGUACCCACCACCCGGCGUUGUUCCCCGGUUGUCACCUUGACCUUGAUGAUGGUCACGUGAUGUUCUAUCCAUGUUGCGCCUCACUGAUCCGCCAGAACUCCGUCAUCUACAACAGCAGCCCUCCCUUCAGUUCUACCUCACAUCCACCUUUCGUGGCUCACAGACAUCCGCGCCAUCCACCAGUCCGGGCCUCCCUUUGUCCCGUUGCGAUUCCCUUCUCAGGUCACCUAGAACAGUUACACAAAUAACUACCAGCUGGCACAUAUUCCAUCGCCACCAGUCCAAAUCUACUCCCUUGUUGAAGUGCCACAAUUCGUCUCGCCAUGUGGAUCCCCCUCACGCUCGCGUACCUCUUCUCCUUGGUGAUAUCGUUGCUAUUCACCCAGUUCCACAUCAACCUCUUCAAGUACCCUCCCUAUCUCCUGCUUCCACUCACGCUAGCGGUGUUCAUCCCCAUUUCCAUCAUAUUCCUUCUUCCAAUCGACUACAUAUCGCACAAUGCCACCGAUACCACCACUUGGUUCGAUGUGCCAGCGAACGUGAUCUUGUUCCUCUGGAAAUCCAACUACUGGGUGACAUUCCUCCUCACAUGGUUGAUAUUGCCAGUUCUCCAGGAGUACUACCGUUCUGGCUACUUCAAGUCAUCCAGUAAGUUAAAGGACGCGUUCAAAAAGAACCUCAAGUUCCAGUUGGCUAUUCUUGCAGUAUCCUUGAUGUGCUUGGUGUAUUUAAUACUCGAGGUGGGCCUCACGUUUGGCCAUUUGAAGUUGAUGAUCAUCGCCCUUUCCCACAUAUACGCGUUGAUCUUGGCGUUGUGGUUGAUGGCCCACGGGAUGGUCAAUAUUCCCAGAGUGAAAUGGGUCGAAGGUAAUAUUGUGAAUCACUUGAACUCGCUAUACAUGAAAGUCCCCAAAUUGGUAGACUCCUUGGAAGACGUGCGCAUCGACUUCAAGGAGGACGUAUUGAAGGUGAUUGUUUUGACAAAAAACUUUACUACUGGCUCCUCACAAGAUCUUCAAUACAGGGACUGGAUUCUUCAGCUAUACAAUAAAAUCCCUGGCGAAAUGAGGGAAUCCAUGGAGAGACAAUACUUGCACGAUGACUCCAACACUAUUUCGAGGGACCAGUUGAACGAGCACUACAUGACUAAAUUGACCCUGUUGUUCAACCUGAACCUCUACAAAUUUGUGGCUUACGAAUCAGAAUUCGAAACCUUGUUAGUGAAGGUCACCAGACUUGAGGACAUCUUGAACGCCAGAACCAACCCCACUUUGGAGGAAAGAAAUCAACUUAGAUUUCGUCUCAACAACUACCGGGUCCUUCUUCUGCCCAAGCUCAACUUCAUAUAUUAUUACUAUAUGAGACCAAUAGGCAGCAGAAUCGCUUCUGUUAUCCUUUUCAUUGGCUCCUUUAUCAUAAUUGAGUCUGAGUUCUUCCAUUCGACCAAGCUAUCCUUGAUGAACGUAAUUGUAUUCACAAUGGGCAUUCACAAGUACAAAAUAUUGCAACUUAUUAUCUCAUCAGUCAGUUUCUCGUACAUGCUUUUUGCAUCCUUGAAUUCGUUGACCCAUUUGAAGAUUUUUAACAUGUACCAUUUGGUUCCGUUCCAAUCAGACCCUGUGUCAGCCAGUUUCUACACAACCUAUAUUGCCAGAUUGACCAUACCUUUAUCCUACAAUUUCAUCACUUUGUUUAUUUCAAGAGAUUCAAUUUUUGAAGAGUGGUAUGGUCAAUCAAUUCACUUGACAGGAUUGUUCAAUUUGUUGAAUAAUUGGCUUCCAAGGUUUGUUUUGAUUCCUGUGGUUCUCACCACUUUCAAUGUUUACGACAGAGUAAAAAAGAGACUUGGAUUGACCUCGGAUUUCUAUGGCUCCUGGGCUUCGUUUGACGACGAUGAUCAAGAAGAAGACGUUGAGAACCUUCAAAACAAGAGAAAGGAUUUGGUGAUCGUGGAAGCAAAACGUAUUAUCAAUAGAGAAAUGACAAAGAGACAGCAGACUGGUAGAGUGGAUUCCGAUUUGAGACCAUUCAACCUUGCCAACGCGGCCAACGAGCAAUACAAUAAUAACAGAAGAGCAUUCAAUGAGUCGUUGGCUGCCAAUACCAGAAUCGAUGCACCAUACUACGAUGACGUUAAUAACAUUCAGAAUGAAGUGGAAUCUGCUUCUGUGUUUGGAAGAAUAGGCGGCGCCUGGGACAGUAUCAAGAACUCUGUUACCGGGCGGUUCUCGUCAAAUUACAGAGAUGAAGUCGAGGUGGAGUCUAUCAAUGACUUCAACUACGACGACGAUGCAAACGAGAACUUAGUUUUGUAGGAGAUAGUUUUAGAUAACGGUGAAUAUAAUCGAUCCUUGAAUAGAGUAAGGAUCUGUGAAUAUAAUCAGGUCGAACAUGGCCAAACACAAAUCGUUGAAGUCAAACCUAUUACUUCCAAGUAUACACGUAAGGGAGUUGAUCCAAAUAUCCAAAUAUCCAAGGGAUUCAGAAAAAGUGUAGAGUUGCAAAAUCCUAGAAAGAAGCUCUUCACACCGAAAAUUGUGUUUAAAUAAUUGAAAUUACGUAGCGAACACUGAAGUGGUGAUUUUUUCAUUUGAUU